AUGAAGUUGUUUCUAUUAACUACCUGGGCUCUGAGUAGCCUACUUGGUGCCUCCCCCGGGACAGCUGCUCCUGGCGCAUCCGAGGAUUGUAGUGCAUGGGUUCAGCAAUCUUAUUCUCUAACAUGCGCUGACAUUGAGGCAUAUUAUGGAAUAACAGAAGUCGAGUUUGAAGCCUGGAAUCCAAUCGUUACAGAGCUUGGUACAGGAUGUAGUCUGAUCGCGGAACUUUACUAUUGCGUGUCUAUCGACUAUCUUCCUUUGAAUACGCCAAGUGCAUAUACACCAACAGGCACAUCUGUAAGCUUGUUAGGAACAGGCACAGGUACGUCUACGCCUACUAGUACUGCACCUUCAACAGCAACUGCUCCCUCUCCGUUGGAACCAAGUACCGAUCCAAGCUGUACUUCCUAUCAUUACGUUGUUUCCGGCGACAGCUGCUCUGCCAUUGAAGAAGAAUAUGGAAUUACAGCGGACGAGUUCAAUGCGUGGAAUCCACAUGUCGGAACAGGCUGUGCAUAUCUUGACCUUGACGAGUAUGUCUGUGUUGGUGCUCUAUAUAAGACUACCGCUGCUGCCACUGCUACUAGUGCCACUGCUACCACAAGCAGUACUUCGUCUACAUUAAGCUAUCCAACGCCCCUCCAGCCUAGCUCAUUUACAAAUUGUUCAGAGUAUCAUCUAGUCGUUUCGGGAGACUAUUGUGCUCUAAUAGAAGAAGACUAUGGCAUUACAGCUACUCAGUUCAAUGACUGGAAUCCUGGAGUCGGUAACACAUGUUUGUAUCUCGAACUCGGAGCCUACGUUUGCGUUGGAGCUCCUAUCCCUAGUCCCUUGGAGCCAGGGACAAUAGCGACAUGUACGGAAUUUCAUUUCGUAGUCUCGGGAGACUAUUGUGCUUUAAUCGAAGAAACCUACGGAAUUACCACUGCUCAAUUCAAUUUGUGGAAUCCUGAAGUUGGAACAGACUGCGCCUAUUUAGAUUUAGGAGAGUAUGUAUGUGUUGCUGCACCUGCUUAG